AUGUCGAGGCGCAAGCAAGCCAAACCGCAGCACAUCAACUCCGACGAGCCCGGUUCGCUUGAAAAUGGGAUUCUCCGAGAUGAUCGGGCUGAGGAGACUGGAAACGAAAUGAAGAGGUUCAAAUUGGAUGAGACUAGGGUCUGCAACAAGUGUUGUGCUGAAUUCUUUGAUGAAGCAGAAUUUCUUGAGCAUGAGAAAAAUUGCACUAAAAGUCAGCAAGUGGUCAUCAUGAAAGACGGAGAUGGCAAUGAAAUGCCUGAGGAAUAUUCACAAGGUUCUCCUGAAGGCCUUACCAGUGACCACGAUGAUAGCCAGUCCAGUAGUCAUUCCCUAUCAAAUAUCAACACAGACCACCUGGAAAGAACAGAAGAAGACUCAAGCAUGAAUGCAGAGGAUUCAGGACAACAAGAUCACGCAGAGAUGUCUGCAAGCCCUGAGAUGACUUUCCACCCCUCACCCAAAAUGCACAAUUCAAAUGUCACUCUUGAAACCAUGGCAGAUACUAAAGUUGCUGUCUCCCAACAUUCUUCAAGUAAUACAUCUCUGACCUCAUCAGAGGAUGCCCUGCAGGCCAUCCCGAUGAUCUUGGAACAGUUGGUGUGCCUCCAGCAACAGCAGCUACAGCAAAUACAGCUCACAGAACAGAUUCGAAUCCAAGUAGCUAUGAUGACUCCACAGAGUCUCCAGUCAUCAGUAGGGGCAGCAAUGGACCCUCUGAAAGCCCUUGGUGCACAUCUGUCUCAACAGCUCUCUGCUGCAGCAGCUCUGAUAGGAAAAAGGACCGGCAGUCAGAGUCUUUCUAUGGAGACAAUGAAGCAAGGUAAACUACCUCUGCCCACUGGCAUCCCUGCCUCUCUACCUGGAGGACUGGGUUCAGUAAACUCUAAAACAGACAUUUUGAAGGGCAUUCCAGAUCUGGCCAGUCGUUUACCAGCACUACUGCCCCAAUCUCCAGGUGUCUUGGGUUUCCCGAGCACCUUCAAUGGGAUCCAAGCAGGGAUUGAGUCCUCCAAAAAGGUGAAGACGAAAAUGCUGAAUCUCCCACCAGAAUCAAAGAAUGGUGACUCACUAUACAAGCACAAGUGUAAGUACUGCGGAAAGACCUUCGGCAAUGACAGUGCGCUCCAGAUUCACUUGCGUUCUCACACCGGUGAGAGGCCCUUCAAGUGUAAUAUUUGCGGAAACCGAUUCACAACCAAAGGAAACCUCAAAGUGCAUUUCCAGCGGCAUAAAGACAAGUAUCCGAACAUUGGCAUGAACCCUCAUCCUGUGCCAGAGCACCUUGACAACAUUCCCACCAGCAGUGGCAUUCCGUUUGGCAUGUCUGUGCCCAUGGACGAGUCAAACAUGACUGAAAUCAAGCCUAUGCUGGGCCAUCCUACUGCUGGGUUCCACCCAUCAUCCAUACCAGGCUUCAAGACGACAUUUGACAGCUUUGGAGGGGACUCCUUUUCCCAGAGACCCUCCCCAACAACAAGCGAUGGCUCUCCGUCUGUUUCCUCUAAUAUGUUUGGUCAAGAGACAGGACUGGAUCCAAAUCAGAAGGACGCUAAAGAACUGCUUGGAGCACUGCAUCAUAUGAAUGGUAAUGCCCUCCCAGCAGAACAAAGCUCUGGAACGGCAAAACUUCAGCAAAUGGUGGAUGGCCUGGAAAAGAGGACCAAUGACCCCAAUGAGUGUGUAAUCUGCCAUAGGGUGCUCAGUUGCCAGAGCUCACUCAAGAUGCAUUACCGUACACACACCGGCGAGAGGCCCUACAAAUGCAAAAUCUGUGGCCGUGCAUUCUCCACUAAGGGUAACCUCAAGGCUCAUUAUGGAGUGCACAGGGCUAACACCCCUCUUAAGAUGCAGCACUCAUGCCCUAUCUGCCAGAAGAAGUUCACUAACGCUGUGGUUCUGCAGCAGCACAUUCGCAUGCACAUGGGUGGGCAGAUCCCCAACACCCCAAUGCCAGAAAACCAGUUUGAAGCAGCAGAAGCAAUGGAGCCAUCUCUACCAGAGGAGAAGCCCAUGGAUAAUAAUGGUUUUGAAACAAGCAUGGAGGAUCAUGAGCCAGAGCUUAACUCACAGAAGCCAAACGAGACCUUAGAUUCCCUCCCUCCUGCCUCUGAGGGACAACCAAAGAAGCAUGCUGCCCCUGUGGCCUUUUCCAGCCUGGAUGUUUUGAAGAACCUCACCUCUGCUCUUGCACUGAAACGACAGAGUAGCACUGCUUCGGAGAGCGAGGGAACAUCCAAAGAAUCCCCACCAGCUCCUAGAGAUCAGGAAUAUCACAAUGGCCGUAGUCCCGCCAUUUCUGACUCAGCCACGUCUUUUCAUUCAUCCUCCCCUGUAAACAACAACCUGAGUAGCGGCAAGUCUCCUGAGUCUGCUGUUGAUGAAUUUGCCAGUAGUGGGUCAAAACCAGAGUCUGAGAGCGGCACUCAAGAUGGCAAUGAGUCAAGUGGAGCCCUUGACCUUACAGCUUCCAGCAGCUUCACCCCCAAAGCCAUUAAAGAAGAACCUGGUAUGCCAUUCACAAAUGGAGACUAUGUUCCUAGUAACAUGUCUUUCAUGAGAAUACCAUCAUGUCUGGCCAGUCUGGAGAUGAAGAUUCCUCCAGAGAAUCCUUUGGGCCCCCAUGGUUUGUUCGGCUCCCACAUGCCUCAGGGAACAACCGUGCCCUCUUCCAUCUCCACCGCACCUCGACGAUCAACCAAACAGCACAUGUGUAAUGUCUGUGGGAAGAACUUCUCAUCUGCUAGUGCUUUGCAGAUCCACGAGCGAACUCACACGGGGGAGAAGCCUUUUGCCUGCAACAUCUGUGGCAGGGCUUUCACCACCAAGGGAAAUCUAAAGGUGCACAUCGGCACUCACAUGUGGAACAACUCAUCACGGCGUGGUCAGCGUCUCUCUCUGGAUAAUCCCAUGGCACUGAUGGCAAUGAGCGCAGAGGCUAAGAUGUUGCCAGAAAUCAUGCAGGCGCCCAAAGAAUUGGGUGCUCCACCAAUGAACUUUGACCCAUCUCUGUGGAACCAGUACGCUGCUGCCUUCAGUGGUGGCCUGACAAUGAAGACCAAUGAAAUUUCUGUCAUCCAGGGUGGUGGCAUCCCACUCCCUGGUAGCCCUGCCGGUGGGCCUCUUAUCGGAUCAACCGGAGGCCUCAUGAAGAUGGAUGGGUCCCACUCUGGCUUGCCUGCCACGGUGGCUGAAAUUGAGAAGAACAGCUCUGACAGUGUGCCAAAAUCACAGUUCCCACAUUUCAUGGAGGAGGGUAAAAUUGCAGUUAACUAG